AUGUCAUAUCACAAGCUCUUGAACGUUAUCGAGCCUAUCGAGUCUGGAUUAUUCGAUUCGCUCAUUGAAUCUCUCAAGUCCUUGCCGACGAAUUCCAACAACAACACCGAAAAUGGAAGUAGGGCAAUGGGCAAUACAGUUAUGCGUUCCUCCCUCACUCAGACAGUCACCGAGCUUUACACUGCGCUGGAAGCACUAACUCGCUGGACUGAUAAACUCACCAACGCUUCCAAGUUUCUGGCCAAAGGCAGAGAUGUGGAGAGUAUAACUGUCAACGCUUCAAUCAGGAAGGACCUCAUGAAAGGCGAGGACAUAGAGGAGGCAAAGAAGACACAGAAGAAGCAACUGGAAGAAGUUCGAGGAGAGGAGAAACGCACCACCGCCGCCGCCGCCGCUGUAGUAGAGGAGAUGCAUAAGUGCUUUCUGUUUCUCUAUUUGGAUAUCCUCGAGGCCAGAUCUAGGAAAUUACUAAUGCCGAAGUGA